CUCCCACUCGCCUUCACCGCAGAGCAACCCCCCCAAAAAAUCUUGAACUCGACAGAUGCCCGCACUAAGCCUAUUUGAUCACAUCAACCAAUUUUUUUUCCCACUCUUCUUUCGCCGCUCUCUUCUCAACUCUGUCCCUUUUCUUUUCUUCCUCCCACAACAAACCCUUCAUCCCACAAACCUCCUCCAUCCCCCCUCCAUCCGUGUUAUUUUCAAGACUCUUGUCUUUCCUUCGUCUCUCCUUUGAAGAUUCUGCGUGUUCUUCGAGGGAAUAAUUGCAUAGCACUGACAUUUGUUUGUGCUCAAAAGUAAUCUAUUUCGGGAAAUUAUUGGAAGCGUUGGUCUUCCGUUUCUUUCUCUCGUCUUUCCUGUCUUUUCUUCCGACGGGAAUUUCACAACACUAUCACUCUCUUUCGCAUCUGAGAGUGCUAUUCGCCAGCUCCGGAUCCUUACGCGUCUUUACGACCCAACUAUCUUUCUACGUCUAUUCCGAUCCGAAUCACGACUGUCAUCAUGGCUGAUCAAAUCAACAUGGGAGGUCUCUCCCUCAACGAUGGCGCCCAGCAGGGCCCUCCUCAGGGUCAGCGAUCCUACAUUCCCCCUCAUAUGCGUCGCCAGGGCGGCGCUCCCCAAGGUGGUCCUCCUGCUAUGAACGGAGGUCCUCCUCCCGCUGGACCUGGUCCCAACGGUCUUGGCAACAGUGCAUGGGCUAACCAAAACUAUGGUGCCCGUCAAUCCAACUGGGGCAACGACGUUCCUACCUAUCAGAACAACAACAACAACCGCCGGGGCGGCUGGGGCGGUCGAGGUGGUUACAGCGGCGGUGGCGGCAAUGUGGAUGGUCACUCUGGAGGCGGUGGUGGUUACACUGCACGCGGCUCUGGUGAUGGCCAGUGGCGCGAUGGAAAGCACGUUCCUGGCCCGGCUAACCCCCGUGUCGAGCGCGAGCUUUUUGGUACCCCCGAUGACCCUUCCAAGCAGCACACCGGUAUCAACUUCGAGAAGUACGAUGACAUUCCCGUUGAGGCUUCUGGUCAAGAUGUUCCUGAGCCUGUCCACCAGUUCACCACUCCUCCUCUGGAUGAGCAUCUUUGCCGCAACAUCGAGCUUGCUCACUACAAGGUUCCCACUCCUGUCCAGAAAUACUCGAUCCCCAUCGUUAUGGGUGGUCGUGAUCUGAUGGCCUGUGCUCAGACUGGUUCCGGAAAGACGGGUGGUUUCUUGUUCCCCAUCCUCUCCCAGGCCUUCAUCAACGGCCCUUCUCCUGUGCCCGCUAAUGCCGCUGGCCAGUUCGGCCGUCAGCGCAAGGCCUACCCUACCUCCUUGAUUCUGGCCCCUACACGAGAACUUGUCUCCCAGAUUUUUGAUGAGUCUCGAAAGUUCGCCUACCGAUCUUGGGUCCGACCUUGCGUUGUCUACGGUGGUGCCGAUAUUGGUUCUCAGCUCCGACAGAUUGAGCGUGGCUGCGAUUUGCUUGUUGCUACUCCUGGUCGAUUGGUCGAUCUCAUAGAGCGAGGCCGUAUCUCCCUGCAGAACAUCAAGUACCUGGUCCUUGAUGAGGCCGAUCGUAUGCUUGACAUGGGUUUCGAGCCCCAGAUUCGCCGCAUUGUGGAGGGUGAAGACAUGCCCCAAGUUCAGGACCGUCAGACUCUCAUGUUCUCGGCUACCUUCCCCCGCGAUAUUCAGAUGCUUGCCCGCGAUUUCCUCAAGGACUACAUCUUCCUUUCUGUCGGUCGUGUUGGUUCUACUUCCGAGAACAUCACCCAGAAGGUCGAGUAUGUUGAGGAUGUCGACAAGCGCUCCGUUCUGCUGGAUAUUCUCCACUCCAACGCCAAUGGUCUGACUCUGAUUUUUGUCGAGACCAAGCGUAUGGCCGAUUCGCUUUCGGAUUUUCUUAUCAACCAGAACUUCCCAGCUACUUCCAUUCACGGUGAUCGUACUCAGCGUGAGCGUGAGCGCGCUCUUGAGUUUUUCCGCAACGGUCGAUGCCCGAUUUUGGUCGCUACCGCUGUCGCUGCUCGAGGAUUGGACAUUCCGAACGUCUUGCAUGUUAUCAACUACGAUCUUCCUACUGAUGUUGAUGACUACGUUCACCGAAUUGGUAGAACCGGUCGUGCCGGAAACACCGGUAUUGCGACCGCUUUCUUCAACCGAGGCAACCGUGGAAUUGUCCGGGAGCUUAUGGAUCUCCUGAAGGAAGCUAACCAAGAGGUUCCUGCUUUCCUCGAGACCAUUGCCCGCGAGUCUUCGUUCGGUGGUCGUGGUGGUCGUUCUCGUGGUGGUGGUGGCCGUGGUGGUGCAACACGUGACUUCCGUAAGUUCGGCGGAGGCGGCGGCGGCGGCUUCGGCGGCAACAACGGCGGUGGCGGCGGUUUCAAUGCUCCUUCCCAGGGCGCAGGCUAUGGUGGAGGCGGUUUCAGUGGCUCCGGCGGCUACGGAGGUGGUGGCUACAGCGGCGGCGGUGGCUAUGGAGGUGGUGGUUAUGGAAACCCCAGUGGCCCCGGAGCUCAGUCUUCUUGGUGGUAAACAUUUCGACACCAUCGAGAAAUGCGCACCCGACAAGGUGUGGAACGAUGCUAGCAGGCGCAUUCUGCAGCAUCACCCGUUUGCGAUUUUCUUUUAUGUUUUUUCUCGAUGUUAUCUGGUUGCAUGCACGACUUGCAUUUGGACGACACGGCGACACCAUGACCUGUGGCAGACGAAUGCCAUCGCUACUGGCAACUGGCAGUAUUGGGUUCGGUCCAGGGACUUCACGAAGCAUCUGAUAGAUUGCGUUUCUUUGAUUUCGGCGUACUCGUCGCUUGAUACCCUUAGACCGAGAUGUGGGGAGCUUUCAGACGUUGGCAGCACGCUGUGAUGCAGACGGAUCUAGGCUUAUGAGCCAACAGAUCUGACACAGCAUUACGAAUAUUAUGUUUCCGCCGUCUACCUGGGGUUAUCCCCUUUACCCCAAGGGCAUUUUUCACGCAUUCACGAUAGAGGGUCAUGUUUUCGCCGUGCACACACAUAGACAAAAGUGGAUUUCUCGGUUCUCUGGUCACGAAUUGCUCGCUGGUCCCUGUUGGGAACGGGGACCAGAGGGAGAGCAAUCAGCACAGCUGGAGGGAACAAAGGUUAAUGGUCAACAGGACGGUUAUGUCUGUUUUGAUAUCUAAGCAGAUCGGAGAGCACGAGCGUUGCCGCGCGACGCCCACAGGUUAUGGAUUUUGGUUUGGGCGGCACGGCAUGGAAAGGGAAAUAAAAGCUCUUGCUCUUUGCAAGUCAGGAGGACACGACGAAGGCUUUGACUCCCAUGGGAUAUGAAUGGGUCAUGAGGCUUCUGAAGACGGGACCAUGAAUGCAUGGGCUCAGUUCCCGUAGUAGAACAGAUAACCAGACUGGACUGAGGAGUCCUGAUUAAAAAAACGCCUUGUUUUAUAUUGAUGCCCCAUGAUUGUCACUGUGUGUAUCAGUAGUGGAUGAGUGCGC